CCGCGGCGCGUUCUUGGAAUCAUGAAUCCUGUUUACAGCCCGGGUUUUUCUGGGGUUCCCUAUGCAAAUGCCAAAGGAAUUGGUUAUCCAGCUGGUUUCCCCAUGGGCUACGCAGCAGCAGCUCCUGCCGACUCCCCCAACGUGUACCCUGGAGCGAAUCCUACCUUCCAGACAGGCUACACUCAUGGCACACCUUACAAAGUGUCCUGUUCCCCCACCAGCGGGGCAGUGCCACCGGACUCCUCCUCCCCUAACCCCUAUCAGACCGCUGUGUACCCCGUGCGAAGUGCCUACCCCCAGCAGAGCCCGUACGCACAGCAAGGCACGUACUACACCCAGCCCCUGUAUGCAGCACCCCCUCAUGUCAUCCACCACACCACGGUGGUGCAGCCCAAUGGCAUGCCGGCGGCGGUGUACCCUGCUCCCAUCCCUCCGCCUAGAGGCAACGGGGUCACCAUGGGCAUGGUGGCAGGGACCACUACGGCCAUGUCAGCGGGUACCUUGCUGACUGCCCACUCCCCAACUCCUGUGGCCCCCCGCUCCAUCACUGUGCCCACGUAUUGGGCCCCAGGAACACCCACCUACAGCUAUGUGCCCCCUCAGUGGUGAUCACCCUGCAAACGUUUGCAGAUGGAGCUGUGCAGUCACAUCAUGGAGGUUCCACAGCUGGUGCUGCAGGCCUUGUGCCUCCAACCAGGACUUUCUUCUUAAUGCUCUCGACACUUAGCUAAACACUACUACAGCCGGCCGGCCCGGCAGGUCCCAGCGCCCUCAGUCUCCAACUGACUCUGUGGGUUGGUCUUAAAGCAGAUCCUGUUUGGUGGGCUGCCAGGCAAUUUUUUAGCUAACUAUAAUGAUAAAAAGGGAGUAUUAAUCUAUUCUGAAUCAUAUCUAGUUGAAUGCAUGUUAAAACAAACACACACAAAAACAAAGCUUGCUCAAUCUACCUGCAGUGACUGAUGCAAAACCAUCAUAUGCAAAACCCAAAGCUUGGGGACCACUGCUUUAGGGAAUUCCCUGGUGGUCCAGUAGUUAGGACUCCGUGCUUUCAUUGCCAAGGGCAUGGGUUCAAUCCCUGGUUGGGGAACUAAGAUCACACAAACUGCAAGACACAGCCAAAAAAAAAAAAAAACAGAAAAAAAAAACCAAACCCCAAAACAUUCCUUUAACCAACAUUUGUAAAACCAGAGGCAAGAAUACAAAUGGAAGCCCACAUGCCAUGCCAUGUCUUAAUAUUUUUUAUAAAUUAAGCUGAGCUUGGGAAUUCCCUGGUGGUCCAGUGGUUAAGAAUCUGCCUUCCAAUAUAGGGGAUGUGGGUUCGAUCCCUGGUCGGGGAACUAAGAUCCCACAUGCCGUGGGGCAACUAAGCCCAUACACUUCAACUAGAAAGAAGCCUGCGAACCAAAAUGAAGACCCAGCCACAGCCAAAAUUAAAAAAAAAAAAAAAAAAAGUUAAGCUGACCUCAAAUAUGUUCUAUCCUUCUACCUUGAUAUAACAUCCUGGAAGGCCAAGUUCAAAUUUAGAAUUCUCAGACUGAGGUCUAUGCCACAAAGCGUCAAAGCCAACCAUCCCAUGAUCAAGGCUGCUCCCCUUUUCCCACCUGAUUCUUUCCCACAUUUCAAGCGCUACCCCAGCCCACACCUCAUAUGCCAUCAUAUUCCUGCAAGACACCACCCACCCCUUAGCCACCAACCACUCGGGCCUUAGAAUGUGCACCAUGGCAGCACCACCUUUGUGAGAAUGGACCCAGGGGAGAGGCUCAUACAAGCCCCUGGGCUACACAUAAGAUCAUCAUUUCAAAAAUACAUUAAAUGUAUCUUCCUCUGGUUUCGACAAAUUUCUGUGAUGUGGCAGCAGAACAGUGCGUCCUCCCUGCCCCCUCGCCAAGAUGUCCACAUCCCAACACCUGGGACCUGUGAAUUUGUUAGGAUACAUGCUGUCUUAGUUUGGGCUGCUAUAACAAAUCACCAUAAAUUGGAUGGCUUAACAUAUUUAUUUCUCACACUCUGGAGGAUGGGAAGUCUAAGAUCAAGGUACUGGCAGAUUUGGUGUCUGGUGAGAGCCUGCUUUCUGGUUUAUAGAUGAGCAUCUCCUCGUUGUGUCCUCAAAUGGCAGUAAAAAGGCAAGAGAGCUCUCUGGGGUCCCGGUUAUAAGGGCACAAAUACCAUUCAUUCGUGAGGGCUCUACUCUCACGACUGAAUUUCCUCCCAAAGGUCCCUCUUAGUUUUUUUUUUUUUGGGCCGCACUGCACGGGAUGCGGGAUCUUAGUUCACCAAUCAGGGAUCAAACCCGAGUGCCCUGCAGUGGAAACACAGAGUCUUAACCACUGGACUGCCAGGGAAGUCCCAAAGACCCCUCUUAAUACCAUCACACUGGGGGUUAAGAUUUCAGAAUGUGAAUUUUGCAAUGACACAUUCAGUCCACUGCACAUGCCAAAGGGGAAUUAAGAUAGCAGAUGGAAUUAAGAUCACUAAUCAGCUGGCUUUAAAAUAGAUUAUCCUGUGUUAUCUGAAUGGGCCCAAUGUAAUCACAGGGACACAAUGUCCUUAAAGGUGGAAGAGAGUGGCAAAAGAGAAAAUCAGAGAGAUAGCAGCAGGAGGCGGACUCAGCCUAAUGUUGCUGACCUUGAAGAUGGAGGAAGAAGCCCUGAACCAAGGAAAAUGGGCAGCUCCUAGAAGCUGGAGAAGGAAAGGAAACGGAUUUUCUGCUAUAGCCUCUAGGAAGGAAUGAACCUUGAACUUAGCCCAGUGAGACCCCUAGCAGACUUCUAAUCUACAAGAUAACACAUUUGUGCAGUUUAAGCCACUAAGUUUGUUGUCACAGCAGCAACAGAGAACAAAUACAGUGACGUGUUAUGUAAAAUAUCAAAGUAUAGAAUAAUGCAUAGACUGCUGCAACCAUUUGUGUGAAUAUGUACUGUUGUACAUAUAUUUAUAAAUGUGUGGAUGAGUGGUUCUCGAUGUUGGCUGUACAUUAGAGCCAUCUGGAAAGUUUAAAAACAAAUCCCAAUAGCCAGGCUGCCGUCCCAUAAAUCAGAACCUCUAGGAGUGGAGACGGGGGCAGGGGGUGGGGGAGGAAGAAACCAGCCAUCAGUAUCUUUUGAAGACUCCCAUGUGCAGCCAGAUUGAGGCCAUUGUAUAGACUGUCUCAUCUCUGAAAGAGGAACAUCAGCGUAGUUCAGCCUCUUCGUCCCCGAGGCUUUUCUUCAAACCGAUUUUCAUAGAUAUCAGUGUGGGAGAUGAACACACAGGUUCUAGGCUAGAACUACAGGACUCGCUAGGUUCUUCAGACCCUGUCUUCCACUGAAGCAGCCUGGGUGAGGAUCUCAGCUUUUGGGGAGGUAAAAGGAAAGGGCUGAGAGAGGUGAAUGCAAUGCUCUAGGGGGGCCUAAGUAAUGGUGGGAUUACAUGCUUUUGGAAUAAUUGUGGAGGAAGUUGAGUCUUGAAAGAUGGGUAUUUCAAAAGCAGAAUGGUGAGUGGCUUGGGGGUGGCAUUCCUCAGGGGAGAAGCAGUGUGAGUAAGAGCACGGAGUUGAUGUGCAGAGUCUGUUCAGGGAACAGGGAACAGAUCUGGUUCAGCUGGAGCUAAGAGUAUGGCAGGAGCAGUGGCAGGAAGCCAAAAAGAGAAUUUCUGCCUGCAAGGCACUUUGUGGUUUACAAAGCUCCUGCAGUCCCUAGCUUACCAGGUCCUCAGCAUAAGCCUAUGAAGUACAGAGCCAUUGUUAUUAAAGUCAUUUAACAGAAAACAAAAAAUGAAAAACUAGGAUUCAGAGUGGUUAAGUGACCUAAGCAAAACCAUGAGACAAGUUCAUGGCUGAGCUGGGAUUCCAACCCAGGGUUUCUAUCUCCUAGCAUUCUUUUCCCUGUGGCUGAGGUCAUAUUUGGGACCCUGAGUAAUGCUAUGGUAUGAGGUUGCACUUAGGCAAUGGGGAGCCAUGGAAAGGAUUUUGGAAGAGGCCUGGCAUGCAUCCUGGUUGUGGGAAGAUUGGGUGCGGCACAUGAGCUAAAUCGCUCUGACAAAGAAAGUGGGAUGAUUUCCAGGUAACGUGGACAGGACAGAAAGGGAGAAAACAGCUGAUGGCAGGCCCUAGAGAGAGCCUGUAGGUAGAGGUGGUGGUCACUCAUUCAUUCACUCUAUAACACUCUAUAUUAGAGUCUGUGCCAAGUGCUGUGCUAGGCAUUGGGGAUGUGCUGGUGAACUUCACAAUGGGGUCCCUGCUGUCACAGGGCUGUCAUUAUGGGGGACAGCAGAUAAUACAGAGCAAAUGAAAAGUCAAAGAAUUUCCAAUUGUGAUUAAGCUUAUGAUCUUCAGGAACAUCCAAGGACAUCCACCCAAGGUCGUGUGGUCUUCAGGCUGGCUUCUCCUGCCUGCCUGUGGGGGUUCACGGGAGCGAGGCUUCCUUCCUCCUGCUUGAAGUGAUCUGGGGAAGGCUUCAUGGAAGAGGAAGCAUUGAGGCUGGGAAUUCAUUUAUUGAACAGAUAUUUAAUGAUCACUCCCUGAGUGCCAGGCUCUGUUCUAGGUGCUAGGGAUAAUCAGUGAACAAAAAAAAAGGGACCAUGUUGCUACCUUCAUGGAGCUACUGGAAGGAGACAGACAAUAAACAAGACAGAGGGUAAAAUAGUAUUUCAGAUGGUGGUAAAUGCUCUGGAGAAAAAUUAAUUGGGGGGAGGGGACACAGAGUGUGUGUGUACGAUUGCAUAUUGCAGUCUUAGGGUGGCCAAGAAAGGCUGAAUUGAGAAAAUAACAUUUGAGUAAAGGCCCGAAGGAGGUGAAGGAGUGAGCCAGGUAAAUAC